AUGACCAAGGUUAACCUCACGUCGGAGCCCGAAGCACCUCGACAGUACAAUGGUGAGCGUCCGUACCUUACCGAGGGUAAUACGCUCUCGGACCUGAAGCCGAUCAAGGUUACCACUGAACUCGGUGACGACUUUGGUGAGCAGCUGGACCUUGGCUCGUUGCUGGACGGUACGCCUGAGGCAGACGCAAAGUUGCGCGAUCUGGCUAUCCGCAUCUCAGUGCGCGGCGUUGCCUUUUUCCGUAACCAGCAGAACCUGACCUAUGACCAACAGAAAGACCUGGUUGUGAAGAUGGCACAUUUGACUGGUUCGCCGAAGGAGUCUGGCCUGCAUGUCCAUCCCGGCUCAAAGGCCGAUGGCGGCAAGAAGAUCGAAUUUAAGGCCAAGGAGGUUGAGGCUGCGGGUAAGUAUAUCUUCCCCAACCUUUUUGCCAACCAAUACUGGCAUGUAGAUUCCACCUUUGAGGUGGUGGGCCCGGCCUACUCAUGUCUGAAGCUCGAGCGCGUGCCUGAAAAUGGUGGAGGUGACACGCUGUGGUGCAGCCUCUUUGACUGCUGCGACAAGCUGUCGCCUUCGUUCCUGAGGUAUCUCGAAACGCUAACAGCUACCCACGACUCUGGCUGGCUGAAGGCCUUUGGUACGCUCAGCAACAUGGUGGAGAACCGCGGCCACCCCGACAACUCGACCCAGGAUCUGGUCGCGGUCCACCCCGUCAUUGCCACUCAUCCGGUUACUGGGUGGAAGGUGCUCUACGUGAACCGCUCCUAUACCAAGCACAUCAAUGGCGUGACCCAGGAAGAAUCGGCGCACCUGCUCGAAUACCUCUAUCGCAUUAUCAGCGACAACCAUGACGUCCAGGCGCGUUACCGCUGGGAUCCUAAUGGAGUUGCGAUUUGGGACAACCGCAGCACGGCUCAUUGUGCCACGAACGACUACAGUGGUAAGGACCGGUACGGAGUGCGCACGAUGAGCAUUGGUGAGAGGCUAGAGACGAACCCGAAGGGUCAGACUAAAGGCGAGGCGUUGCGCGCUCAGCAGAGCGUGGCGUAG